AUGGCACAGCCAAAUAAGUCACGGCAACCUUCAAUAGAAAAGAAGCUCGCUUUUUAUGAUGAAGCUAAGAACUCUUCAAGUACAAAGGCAAGGAUUAAGCAUAGCAGAAGACGAUAUCGUUUUCAAAGGGCAUCUAUAGCUUGUACGGAAUGCAGGAAAGCUAAAACCCGUUGUAACUAUAUUCAUAAUGGAACCUCGUGUUUUAGAUGUGAAAAUUUGGCACUUAAAUGCUCGUUAAGUGAAAUUGUAAAAGAGAAGACGGUUUCAAAGUUUCAAAAAGAGGCCGAAAUUAAAAAGGAUAGUCCCUUGACAACAGUUAAUAGUACUACCAGAAAAGUGAAGGUAGAAGAUAAGAAUGGAGUAACAUCCAGACAAAUGGUACAUCGAAAAGAUCCCACCGUGAGGGAUUUAAGUGGUGUAAUUUUACAAUUUCAGAAAUUAAAUGAGGAUCACUUUAAGCUCAUCGAGACAACCAUGCAGAAGCUGUCAGGAAAGUUAGAACAAAUUAUAGAUCAAAAAAAGUCUUCAAAUAAUGACGAAACUUUGCUAGGAUUAGAUGCCACUAAGACGUUCGGUGAUGUUCCGGAAUCCAAAGUAGACUUGAACAAUGUUCAUUUGAAUUUUUUGGAAAAUCUUCAAAUCCAUCCUUCACAGGCAUUUGAUGCUGCGACUAACGGACAAGCGACAUUUGUUGAUGGCAUUUCACAAAAUGCCAAGGGAAGUGGAAUUUUGAAUUUGGCAAAUAAUGAAGAUAUUGACUCCGGACAAAAUUCGCCUAAUGGGAGCACUCCAAUUCCGGAAUUUGAUCCCGACUUUUUUGGUAGUUCACCUUUUAGUGGUCUCGAAACGAUUUCCCAAAGGCUUCAAAUGCCACAUUCGUUCUUUAAAAAUAAUUCGUUGAUCGAAGGGCGAACCAUCUAUACAAGUAUGGACGUCAUCUCCAGAAAUAUUCUUGAGUACGAUACCUGCAUGAAGUUACUAGAUUCAUGCUUUGUUCAUUACCGUCGAUUUUUAAUGGAGAAUAUAGGAGACAUAGGUCAUUGGUUGAACGAAAUUAGAGUUAAAUGUCCGCUAUUACUUUCAAUAUAUGUUCUUUUAGGAUUGCGACAUAGCCGGCCAGCAUCGCAGCCAAAUUUUAAUCUUGAAUUAUCCAUUCUUGAUGAUUUAAACCAACUUCUAUCGCUGUUCAGAUCUGAUACUUCGAAGUCGAUACUUUUUCUGGAAAGUAUCUCGCUUUUAGCGCAAUUUGCAAUUACUUUGUCUUAUCAGCAAAUACAUUUUGAUGGUUGGUUGCUCACCUCAGAUGGAUUAACAAAAUUCUUUGAUUUCUGUGCGAAUACAGUUUUCUUUGAGAAUGGUGAGUUGAACUAUGAGAAAGGGCAAAAGUUACAUAUUCUCAGCAAUUUGCUAUAUACCCAUAUGUCCUAUUGCAUUAUAUGUGGUAAGCCCUGUAUGAUGGACAGCAAACUUCUUCAUCGUUGUUUGGAUCUCAUGGAAACCAAUGCCGCCGCAUUUGAUAAUAACUUUACUAUUGGAAAUAUUAACUUACUAGUAACAACUUACGAAUGCAUAAGAAGCAAAAAAAACCUUCAGAAUUCAUUAGCGCAAGUGGAUGCAACCUUUUCAAAAUGGUAUAAAGCAGACUUAGGAAAGGAAAUGCCCCUAUUCAUCAUUCAAUUCAAGUUCUGUAGAGUUAUGAUGAUUAGAAAAUUUCUUCUUGGCACAAAUAGUAAAGACGAUGAUGUCUAUUACAAAUCUGUGGAAGCAGAGAUGAUAAAUUCAGUGUCAGAAAUUACUACUUUAGCAAAUAAGAUAGAUAUCAACUUUUUGAUUACCUUUUCUGACACUGAGUUUAUGGCUGUGUUCAUGAGUACUUUUGUUAUAUUACAAUUAAGAAAGGGAGGAUACUUCGAUGCCGUCCAUGACGGCCUAAUAAUGAAAAUAUCCGCAAAUUUUCUUCAAUGUUGCGUUUCGAUCUCCAAUCAAAAUGUUUAUUAUUUCAACGGUUUGAUACAUGCGAUGAUCACAAUUAUAGAUCAUAUGAACAAAGUUAUUUUCAGUGAAAAUAGCCAACGGUAA